UCUCAAGAGCACAGAGUAAGCUCUAUCUUCUCAACCCAGAAAUUAACUUACUUAGAAAACCAAUACUUUCUCGCCUUUUCUACAGUUUUUUAAACUUGUAAACUUUAAGUUUCUAUGAUUUUUUUUGGCCCUUUCAAGCUUCUGCGGUGACAUGGAAAUGUGCUGAUUCUGAGACAUAAUAAGUUUUGCAUUUCAAGUCGAGAUGAAUCCUGUAAUACCAUGCUCCACGGGCAUUGUUUCAUUUAUCCCUGGAAGUGCAUUUUCUGCAAGGAAAAGUGAAUCUUUAACAAAACUCAAUUUUUCAAGGAAGUCUGUGAAACAUGAAUCAUCAACACCAAGGUUCCUCUUACCUCCAUUUGUUUCCAUUGGACUGAUUUCAAAGAGCCAAAGGAUACUUUCAUUUAAUAAAAAUUCUAGAACCAGUACAUCAGCUACAGAAACAGAUAUAGCCAUAGAGGAAGCGGAUUCACCUGCUGCAAAUGAUGACUCUACUGAAACUUCUGAAACUCCUUUAGAUGAAGUUGGUACAAGUGAAGAUUUGUCUCCUCAGUCCAAUGCCAGUACUUCUUCAGCUAAAGCCAGACGUUCCAGACCUGCUCGGAAAAGUGAGAUGCCUCCUGUAAAGAAUGAGGAUUUGAUUCCUGGAGCAACUUUUACUGGGAAAGUAAAAUCAAUCCAGCCAUUCGGGGCCUUUGUUGAUUUUGGAGCCUUCACAGAUGGCCUUGUUCAUGUUUCAAGGUUGAGUGAUAGCUAUGUUAAGGAUGUUGCAAGUGUAGUUUCAGUAGGACAAGAAGUGAAGGUGAAGCUUAUUGAAGUGAACACUGAAAGUCAGCGUAUUUCUCUCUCUAUGCGUGAAAGUGAUGACAUUGGUAAGUUGCAGCAACAAAAAGAUGGACCAGUCAGUUCAGAGAAGGCUGGACCUGGGAGGAGGAACACAUCAAAGCCCGGUUCAAAGAGAGAUGAUUCAAGAAAAAGCACCAAGUUUGUGAAGGGGCAAGACCUGGAAGGUACGGUGAAGAACAUGACCAGGAAUGGGGCUUUUAUAUCUCUUCCUGAUGGAGAGGAAGGCUUUUUACCCAUAUCGGAGGAGUCUGAUGAAGGAUUUGAGAGUGCUAUGGGAAACUCUUCACUGCAGGUUGGUCAAGAAGUCAGUGUGCGGGUUCUGCAUAUCUCAAGAGGACAAGUAACAUUGACUAUGAAGAAAGAGGAAGAUAUAGCACAAUUGGACUCACAGCUUAGCCAAGGGGUUGUCCAUGUUGCAACAAACCCUUUUGUUUUAGCUUUCCGCGAGAACAAAGAAAUUGCUGCAUUUUUAGAUGAGAGAGAGAAUGUGAAAAAACCGGUUGAAAAUACAUCAACAGAAGAAAUCAAAGAAACUGUCCUGCAACAGGAGACUGUAAUUGAUGUCCCUGAGAAGGAAGGCAGCUUGUUGGAUGAUGCCACUGAGAAGGAAGCAGCGGUGACCUCUGGUGGUUCAGCUCCUGAGGGGGAUUCAUUUGUUUCAAAUCAAAUUGUUGAGGAAGCAGCUCAAACUGAUGUUGGAGCUAGAAAUGCUGAAACUGACUCACCUCUUGAAAUUGCUAAUGAAAAUUUAAAUGAUAAAACUGAAAAGGAUAGUUCUGAAAGUCAGUUGGAUGCAGAGGCCAGCUCAUCAGAUGCUGAAUCCACAGCUGAUAUAAGUAAUGAAACAGACGCAAUAAGCAAUAUCUCUAGCUCAAUCUCCAGUGCAGAUGGUGCCUCUGAGAAUAAAGAGAAUGUGACUUUCGGAAGUCUGGCUUCUGAAGGAGAUGGUGCAUCAACUGCGAAUCAAAUUAUUGAGGAAGCUACUCAAACUGAUGCUGCAGCAAGCCAUAGUAUAACAGACUCGCCUCCUGAAACAGAUAAUGAAAAUGUGGUAGAAAGUGGAGCUGAUCUUACCGUUGUGAAGGAUGAAAAACAAUCACAAACAUCUGAUGCAGAGGAACAAUCUGCUACUGCAGCACCGGCUGAUAAUGAUGGAAUUGAACUUAGCCCUGAAAUAAAUGGCAGUAUUAAAGGGUUGGAAUCAGAUAUUUCAUCUAGUAAUGCACCAGCUCCCCUGGAAACAGCAGGUGGAACGGGUGAUAAUGAUCAAGGCCUAUCUUCUGAUUCUGCUGAAGUUGUAGAAAAUUCAGUUGAUGAGCCAAAAGAAGUACAAGAAGAAGCACCUGCCACUGAGAAUGAAAAUUCUUUUGCCUCACAAGUUGAAAGUAAAGAUGGUGGAACUGGUGUUACUGCUUCAGAGCAAGGCUCGAGCAAAGCAACCAUAUCACCAGCUCUUGUUAAGCAGCUUCGGGAAGACACCGGAGCUGGAAUGAUGGAUUGCAAAAAAGCUCUUUCAGAGACUGGAGGGGACCUUAUUAAAGCACAGGAGUACCUCAGGAAAAAAGGCUUAGCUAGUGCAGAAAAGAAAGCAAGCAGAGUCACCGCUGAAGGAAGAAUAGGAUCUUACAUUCAUGACAGCAGGAUUGGUGUUUUGGUUGAGGUAAACUGUGAGACAGAUUUUGUCUCUCGAGGAGAAAUUUUUAAAGAGCUUGUUGAUGAUAUAGCCAUGCAAGUGGCAGCGUGCCCUCAAGUACAAUAUCUUGACGUUGAAGAGGUUCCUGAAAGUAUUGUGAACAAAGAAAAAGAAAUAGAGAUGCAGAAAGAGGAUUUAUUAUCAAAACCAGAGCAGAUAAGGGCAAAGAUUGUUGAAGGCCGGAUAAGAAAAAGGCUCGAGGAGCUAGCAUUGCUUGAGCAGCCGUAUAUUAAGAAUGAUAAAGUGGUAGUAAAGGACUUGGUCAAGCAGACUAUAGCAACCAUUGGAGAAAAUAUCAAAGUUAAGAGGUUUGUGCGGUUCAAUCUUGGAGAGGGCUUGGAGAAGAAAAGUCAAGAUUUUGCUGCAGAGGUGGCUGCACAAACUGCUGCAAAACCCGUGCCUGCACCUGAAAAAACACUACCUGAUACUGCUGAAGCCAAGGAACCAGAGCAGAAGCCACCUGCAGCAGCGGUCUCUGCUGCAUUGGUUAAGCAACUUCGAGAAGAAACCGGUGCAGGGAUGAUGGACUGCAAGAAAGCCCUUGCUGAAACUGGAGGGGAUCUUCAGAAGGCUCAGGAGUACCUAAGAAAAAAAGGUCUCUCAUCUGCUGAGAAGAAAUCCAGCAGGCUGGCAGCUGAAGGCAGAAUAGGCUCGUACAUCCAUGAUUCACGCAUUGGUGUUCUAAUCGAAGUGAACUGUGAAACUGAUUUUGUCGGUAGAAGCGAGAAAUUCAAAGAGUUGGUUGAUGAUCUUGCUAUGCAAGUUGUGGCUUGCCCUCAAGUGCGGUUUGUAUCCGUGGAAGAUAUUCCUGAGAGUAUAAUGAUCAAGGAAAAAGAAAUUGAGAUGCAAAGAGAGGACAUUCUUUCAAAACCUGAGAACAUCAGAGAAAAAAUAGUUGAAGGAAGAGUCUCAAAGAGGCUUGGAGAGCUUGCUCUUCUAGAACAACCUUUUAUUAAGGAUGACAAUGUUCUAGUUAAGGACUUCGUGAAGCAAACAGUAGCUGCAAUUGGAGAGAACAUUAAAGUGAGACGUUUUGUACGAUUCACUCUUGGAGAGACAACUCAAAGUGAAACAACCACGCCAGCACAAGGUGAAGAAUGACUUAAAAGAAUAAAUGGAAACAUGGGAAUUCACUCUUUUGAUAUAACAGCAAUGUGAUUCUUUGUAAUUUCAAUGUGUAGUCGGCGUCGAGCUUUUGUACUAAUCUGUAUCUAUUAUAGAUACACGAGGACUACUUUUUCUGUACUAUUAUUUAUAUGUUGUAAACUGAGCAAAGGAAAACAAACUAGGUGGAUGCAGUUUUGGAUUAUUCGUUUCAUUAUUAUUAGUUCUUGAUCCUAUAUCCAAUUGCUUAAGAAAAA